GAUGUAGAUCAGAUGGUGACUGAAUAGAAGCUGCUACAGUCUUGGGUCCAUGAUGUACACACCAGUUGAAAUUUCAGAAGCUGAAUACCCACGAGUUGAAUACCAACGAAGGCAGCAAUUUUGGGACCCUGUGAGGCUAGCUCUUUUCUCCUUGGCGAUUGUGGCAAUCAUAGCCAUUACAAUUGGUAUUGUUACUCAUUUUGUUGUUGAGGAUGAUAAAUCAUUCUAUUAUCUUGCCUCUUUUAAAAUCACGAACAUCAAAUACAAAGAAAGUUAUGGAAUAAGAUCCUCAAGAGAAUUUAGGGAAAGAAGUGUUCAGAUUGAAAGAAUGAUAUCUAGGCUAUUUCGACGUUCUUCUGGGGGAGGACGGUUCAUCAAAUCACAUGUUAUUAAAUUAAGUCCAGAUGAACAAGGUGUGCAAGUUCUCAUGGUGCUCAUGUUUCGAUACUCAUCUACUGAUAGUGUUGAGAGAGUCAAGAAAAAAAUUGAAAGGACUUUAUACCAAAAUAUGAAGAUCAAGCAGUUGCCUUUGACUAUAAGCAAACCAUCUUUUAACCUCACACCUAUUGACAGUAAAAAGAUGCGGAAUCUUCUCAGUAGUCGCUGUGGGAUAAGGAUGACACCUUCAGACAUGCCAUUGCCAGCAUCCUCUUCUAUGGAAAGAAUUAUCCAAGGGCGGGAGACAGCUGUGGAAGGCGAGUGGCCCUGGCAGGCCAGCCUACAGCUCAUGGGGGCAGGCCAUCAAUGUGGAGCCAGCCUCAUCAGUAACAUGUGGCUGCUCACCGCAGCUCACUGCUUCCGGAGAAAUAAAGACCCAAGUCAGUGGAUUGCUACUUUUGGUACAACUAUAACACCACCUGCAGUGAAACGAAGUUUGGGGAAAAUUAUCAUUCAUGAAAAUUAUCGUAAAGAAACAAAUGAAAAUGACAUUGCUUUGGCUCAACUCAAGAGCAGAGUUGAGUUUUCAAAUAUUGUCCAGAGAGUUUGCCUCCCAGAUGCAUCUAUAAAGCUACCACCUAAAGCAAGUGUAUUUGUCACAGGAUUUGGAUCUAUUGUGGAUGAUGGACCUACACAAAAUAAACUCCGGCAAGCUAGGGUGGAAACUAUAAGCACUGAAGUGUGUAACAGAAAAGAUGUGUAUGACGGCUUGAUAACCCCAGGCAUGUUGUGUGCUGGAUUCAUGGAAGGAAAGGUAGAUGCAUGUAAGGGUGAUUCUGGAGGACCUCUGGUUUAUGAUAACAAUGACAUCUGGUACAUUGUUGGCAUAGUAAGCUGGGGACAAUCUUGUGCUCUUCCCAAAAAGCCUGGAGUCUACACAAGAGUACAUAAAUACAGAGACUGGAUAGCCUCAAAGACUGGUAUCUAG